AUGAUUGUUCUUCUGUUCUGUUUCUGUACUGUUCUGUUUGUGAUUGUGGCGCGAAUCGUACAUGGCGAUCUGGAGGCCGUGGAUCUCCCGAGAGUCAAUAUAGUUGCUGGUUCUGAAGAACGGAUCCCUCCAAGUGGCCAAUCAAUGGCAUUCCAGCAAUUCUACUCGCAGGAAUGGAAAUCUGUUGCAAGUGCAGCAGCAGCAGCAACAACAACAAGCUCGGAAGAACCCAGUUUAAACGACGGCUUCGACUGCAACAUCUGCUUUGAAUUUGCAAAAGAGCCAGUUGUCACCCUCUGCGGCCAUUUAUACUGCUGGCCGUGCAUCUACAAGUGGCUCCACGUCCAGAGUGCCUCCCUUUCUUCCGACGAGCACCCACAGUGCCCCGUCUGCAAGGCCGAUAUAUCCCACACCACAAUGGUCCCUCUCUAUGGCAGAGGACAGUCCACAGAAGAAGAAACCGAAGCAAAGACUCCCGGCAGCAGUGCCAUUUCCAUUCCCCCUCGCCCACCAGCCUGUGGUACCCAAGCUCUCGCCACAAGCAGCACUCAAACAGGUCAGCAGCUUCCUUACCGAAACCCUUACCGGGGUAAUAACCACCACGACAUUCCACCCAUGGCAUAUGCUAGCUUCGACGAAACUGCUACAUCCCCAUCGCUGCCUGAUACCGGUUUCCACCACCACCACCCGGGAUAUGGGGUGCUCGGGGAGGUUGUAUUCGCCAGGGUGUUUGGGAACUCCGAUAGUUUACAUGCUUACCCGAACUCCUAUCAGCUUAAUCCGAGCGGUAGCUCGAGGUUGAGAAGGCAGGAUAUACAGGCGGACAAGUCGCUGAGUAGGAUCUCCUUCUUCUUGUUUUGCUGCGCUCUGCUGUGCCUCAUUGUGUUCUGACCCAGACAGUGGACGUCUGGACGAGUUCUUAUGGAAAGAAGCGUUUCAUUUUGUAUAAUUUGUAAAGAAGAAUCCUGAAACGGCUUGUGAAACUUGUGAUGAGAAACGCUCGUAUAGACUUAAUGCCAGUCAAUUAUACAAAGAGAGAGAGAGAGAGAGAGAGAGAUUUAGCUUAUGAUGAUGACAUCGCUGUCACCAUUUUUGUCUCAAGUUAGCCUGCCGUUGUGAAUUGGACUCUUAUCAUGUUGGCCACCGACGGGGUUUAGGUUUAUCCAAUAAUGUAAUUGGAAGUAAUGUGUAUAUAUUAAAACGUGUAUGUGCAACAUAUAAUCUAUAACUUAGUUCAGCAAUUGUGUGGUGUAUCUGUGCUAAAUCAAACCUGAUUUGGUAUUUGAUAUGAUGCUAGUAAAAUGAGACUAAUGGGUAGUUGAUUAUGAUUAGACCAGUCAUUAUGAGAACAGAGUAAUUAGAGGUGGUGAGAUGGUC